AUAUAAAGUUGGCAGUAAAAUAGAGUUUUGUCAUUUGUCAAACAAAACAUAAAAACUUAGCAAUUUUUAGAAGAACUUUAUGUAAAUAAUAAUAUCAUUGUAAAUGGACGAUUAAUCGUUUAACAAUUUGUGUGAAUAUUUACAUUGUAUUACUUUCCUAUGAAUUUAUGUGAUACGCUUAUAUGAGUUAACCUUAUAUGACCUGUCAACUAAACUGUUAUUAAAUAAGAUUAUUUGCUAUGGUUGCUUGUAUAAGUGAUAAGUUUUGUUAAAAAAUUUGUAAAAUAAAUUGCAAUAAAUCUUGAUUUUGGAUAUGGCAAAAAAUGUAUAUAAAUAGUUAUAAUUACUAUUAGGAAACCUAAAGAUGUUCAAUUCAGGGAUUAAAAGAAAUUAUAGGUGUAACGGAAUAAAUUCUUUACCUACUAUUGAUCAGGUAAUUAAGGAUAAGUCAGUUGGUCAUACAAAUUACAAGUUAAUAAGUUUACAUGGACAAAAAGACAUAUACAAUAAUGAAAAACGUGAUAAGGGUUUCGUUAGAAGUGAGUCUUUUAAUUCAACACACAAUAGUUUUGAUACCAAGAUAAAAACUGAAAAUGAGCAAGACAUUGAGGAUAAGAUAACUGCCCACAGUAUUAUAGGAUUAAGUGAAGAAACUGGUAAAUUGCACAAAUCGCCAACUGAAGUAAAACCAAGAAUUAAAAGGGGAAGCAUUCGUGCCACCCAUCAUGAAACACUUCAACGGAUAGAAACUGAGCAAGAUGUUUACAAUCAUUAUCAACAACAUUGGUUCAGUGCCAGUCUUGAGAAAUUCAAGCUGGAAGACAGAUCGCGAGAAGAACGAAUAGAAAUUACGCGGCAUGAAUUCAGGCGGCACAUCCAACAGAUAAUGCGCAGUAACAUCGGGCAACCGAACAAAUUUCCACUGCGAGUCGAGUGCCAAGAGAAGUGCAGCGAGCAGCACCCGAAUUUGCGCAACAGAUGCCAAUCGGGCUACAGCCGCUUGGUGACGCCCAAGAUGUGCGAGGUCGAGGAGUGCCGCGCGCCUGCACUGCCCUGCGCCAAACACUGCACCCUGCACAUCAUGCUGAACGCCGACCAGGUCCUGUUUGACUAUUGCACGGCAAAGUUCGCCGAUAACACCCAGUGUUCGGUGCCCGUGUUCGACAUCACCCACGAGCUGCCCCUCUGUCCGGAACACGCCAGAAAAAGGGAUAACUAUAAAUUGUACCAAGAAGCAAAACCAAAGAAACUGAGAAAAAAGGUUAAACCUUCAGCUAUGAUUAGGCCACAGAAACGUAACAAAAAAAAGAGGCGACCUCUUAAACCAUUGGAUGUUUCCCCAACCAGUGCAAUAUUAAAUGACACACCAGUGUGUGAAGAAAUAGAAGUAAGCGAAAUAAAUGAAAUAACCGAAAUAAAUGAGAUAACAGAAAUGAAUGAAAUAUCCGAAAUGGAAUUAGAGAGGGACGGAUCUCCGGAGUUGAUUGAAGAGGAACUACAAAUGGUAGAUCAAGUUUUAGGAUUAAAUGAAUCGGACGGUUUGGAGCACGCUCUAGCUCAGCAGGCUCAUUUGCUUGAAGAGACUGAUAUUAGUACCGUUUUAAGCACCAUACAGGUCGACGAAUUUAGCGACUUUUUCGCAGUAAACCGAAACGGUGACUACGAACCGUCGCGAGAGGAGGCGGAAGAACUGGAGAAGGCCCUGGCAGCUGUCGAUAACGACGUAAAAUCGCUGGAGAAACUGAGCCAGUCUCAGGGCAUCUUGGAUUCGCUGAUGGACGAGCACGUGCUCACCGAGUCCCUUAUCCAAAUACCCGAAAUGUUUCACAACGGCUACACGCCCUGCGGCGACAACAUGGUAGCACAAACCUCCACAUACCUCUUGCCCGUCGAGCCUCAUUCUAACUCUUAAUCGUAAAACCCUGCCCCACCCUCCAGAACAGCCACCAACAACCAACCAACACAAGCAGAGAUCCACCUUAACAGUACAAUAUUUAAUUUAUCAUGAAGGUAACUGGCUUACAAUGCGUUUAUCAGGAUUACAUUUUUAGAUGCUUUUCUACCAAAACAGUUUUUUUGUCAUUUUAAGAGGAAAAAAAUUGGUCAAUUUGAUUUUAAUAAUACUACUUAACAAAAAACUAAAACAACUUAUUAAAUUUGACUUUGAUUGUGAUGAUUUUUUUUGCACAUUGCUUACAAGACUUAUAAUAAAUUUGAUUUUAUAAUAGGGGAUUCAAAAGUGUUGUUUUUGCCAUCCAUUUCUGUUUAUACAAUUUUAAUUAUUUUAUCUUUUUCCAGCCACAUCCUUUCUUAAAAUUUUCUUGAUUAUUUUUUUAUUAUAAUAGAAAACACGCUUUUGAAGAGUUCUUUAAAAAAUCUAAAACAUUACGGAUUGAUAAUAUAAUAACAAACAGUAUAUUAUAUAAGGGUGUCUGUUAUUUCCUGAAUUGUUUUUUUUUACUUUUGUAUCAUCUAUCAUUAUUUGUUUACAGUCUAAAAACAAUUCAAAAAAAAAUGUUGAUGUCAUUUAACCAUGCAUAAAUCAUUUAUGGUAAAUGACAUUUUAAUGACAAGAAAAUAUUCAUGACUCGCUAAUUAAUAGACAUGUAAGAAUAUAGAAGACAUAUUUUGGUGGGAAAUUUUACGCUUUACAAAAAAGGUAUUUUAAGAUUUUUUCGUAAAACCAUCCAUUUAAACAAAAUAUAAUUUUUUUCUGAAUUUCAAAAGUUGGCUUUAAUUUGUCUUUUUUAAUUUGGGUAUCAUCUAAAUUGAUUGUUUACAGUUUAAAAACAAUUUUGAAAAAAAUAAAUAUUUUUUCUGAUGCCCAAAUGAUGAUACCCACCUACUAAUAAUUUUAAUUUUCAUUGUUUUUUAACAUAAUAAAUGGACAUUGACAGUACAUACGACAAAUUUUUAUAGAAAAUUUUACGCUCUAAAAAAGAGGUCCUUUGCGUUUUUCGUAAAACCAUCCAUUGAAAUGGUAUAAAAUAUAUAAAAUAAUUAAAAAUUAAAAGUAUCAUUUAGGCAGGGUUAAAUGACAUUAAAAAAAUAUAUAUAUAUUUUUUUCAAAAUUAUUUUUAGACUAAAAUAAUAAUUUAGUUGAUACCCAAGUAAAAAAGAUUUAUUUC